AUGCACUACCCUCUUUUCCGAGCAGCCCUAGGCCUGCUCUUCCUCUGGGUUAUCCUAGCCCAAGCCCAAGAGCAGUCCUUCGCCAUCAAGCUGAACAACGUGGCCUAUGUUAGACAAAGGUCGAACUCUAGCUUUAUCUCUUCGCUCAUUAAGCGCGUUGGCUACAACGGCCAGGAACCCAAGAGCGUCGCUGUCAAGCCUCUUUUCAGGCAGGACCUCCUAGCCAAGAUCGACCGCCAGGCUACCAACAACCAGAGGCAUUCGCUUGACCGGUGGUAUGAGGUCAAAAUCGUGCCUGCCCCUGAGCCAGUUGUAGUAUUACGUCGAAACGACACCCUGUCAGAAGAUCCUGCACAGGGCGAUAAAAUCCCAGCUUAUGUAGUCAAGUUCAUGCAGGACUUGAUCAAGCUGCAGGAGAUUACGAACAUUCACCCGUUGCUGGAUCACGAUGAUCCUCAGGUCGACACCAUCAACCCAGCCGAUGAUCCCCGGAGUGGACGCCAGGGGUACCUUGAUCCUGCCCCGGGUGGAAUCGAUGCGAGGUACGCGUGGAGAGUGCCUGGUGGCACAGGUCGAGGUGUCACCGUGGUAGACUUGGAGCAGGGGUUCAAUUUGGAUCACGAAGAUUUGCCACGGAACAUUGACUUGAUUGGGGGCCACAUAAUAGCUUCGUCAAGGUUUCACGGCACUGGCGUGCUUGGCGAGCUGUUCAUGGUGGAUAAUAAGAUCGGGGGCGUUGGUAUCGUCCCGAACGCCAGGGGCCGCGUUGUUUCGUACGGAACUGCCUCGGGGGGUGAAGACAUCCCCAAUGCGAUCUUGGAAGCCGUCGCAGUCCUUCACUUUGGUGACAUUCUCCUCCUGGAAGUUCAAACACGUGACCCAGUGACUGGGACGAGGGGAUGGCCAGUCGAAAUCCGGGAUGAGAUUUUUGAAGAGAUUCAGUAUGCCACAUCACUGGGCAUCACGGUAAUUGAGGCCGCGGGAAACGGUGGCUACGACCUAGACAAUUACCAGAACAUCGAGGGAGAUCGCAUCUUCUUCCGGCAGGGAGGCCUACGGAGCGGCUUCCGAGAGUCAGGCGCAGUGAUGGUCGGUGCGGCGAGUUCAACGGUACCCCAUACACGGAUGUGGUUCUCAAAUCACGGCAGUCGGGUCGAUGUGUACGCAUGGGGAGAGAAUGUCGCCACAGCAUUUGCCAACACAACAAUAGGCGUCAACAACUUAUACACGGAUACUUUUAACGGUACAUCGAGCGCAAGUGGUAUCAUCGCUGGCGCAGCAGCUGCCGCCCAAGGCAUGUCCGUGGCGCAUCGAAACAUCAGGCUCUCUCCCCAACAAAUGCGAACUAUCCUUCAAGUCAACGGCACGCAGUCGCGGAACCCUGGCGUGGAUCGUAUCGGCGUCAUGCCAAACCUGCGGUCUAUCGCCGACCAGAUUGCCAACCCGGACGGUCAGUUCGCUGUUGACGUGUAUUUCCGCGACCAGGUGGGCGAUGUUGGGUUGGUUCCGACAACCGGGGGUGUGUACAGGUCCCCAGAUAUCAUCGUGCGCCAGUGGCCCUACGUCAAUCCCAGCACGGCCCUCGGUACUGGGAGUGGUACAGAAGAUAACGUGGCACUCUCCCAUGAUGUAGUUUCAGGAAGGGAGCACUCACUAUAUGUGCGAGUGCAAAACCGUGGCACGGCCGAUACAUCCCAGGACACAGAGGUCAAGCUGUGGUGGUCCCGUCCAACUACCCUUAAUACACCGAACCUAUGGAAUUUCAUCGGCACAGCCUUGAUCCGUGCCCCCGUGCGCGGGUCCCGUCAGCGUUUCUCCGUGUCUGAUCGAUUGGCAUGGCCGGCCAACAGGUUACCGCCGGCAUUGCCGAACCAGAAGGACCAUUACUGCUUUGUGGCAAUUGCAGACACGCCGAACCAGGACCCUGAGCCUCUUCUGCCACAGAGCUUUGAGCAGUUCGACAGGUUCGUGAAGGAAAACAACAAUGUCGCCUGGAGAAACUUCAACACGUUCACUCUCAACACUCAUGGCAAGUUGCCGGCAGGUUCGCAAGCCUUCAUUCGCGUACCACGCAAUUUUACAAGCGCACUUGGAGAUGGAGGACGGUUUGGCGACCUUGGCAAGGGCAACGGUGGAGGAAGUGGGGGAAAUGGUGGCAAUGGGGGCGAUGGCGGGGACGGCGGUGCUGGCGGCAAUGGGGGAAGGGGUGGCAACGGCGGUAAUGGUGGUGAUGGAGGUAAUGGCGGCAGUGGAGGGAAUGGCGGCAACGGCGGUAAUGGGGGUCAUGGAGGGAAUGGUGGUAACGGAGGUGAUGGCGGUGCUGGUGGCAGUGGGGGCAACGGGGGUAACGGCGGCAGUGGCGGUAAUGGUGGUGAUGGAGGACAUGGCGGUAACGGAGGAAAUGGAGGAAAUGGGGGUAAUGGGGGUAAUGGAGGGAACGGUGGUGUUGGCGGCAAUGGCGGCAGUGGCGGCAACGGAGGAAAUGGCGGUGAUGGAGGCAGUGGCGGCAACGGAGGCAAUGGCGGCAACGGAGGCAAUGGCGGUGAUGGAGGCAGUGGUGGCAACGGAGGCAAUGGCGGUGAUGGAGGCGACGGGGGUGACGGUGGUGACGGUGGUGAUGGUGGUGAUGGUGGUAAUGGUGGUGACGGCGGUCAAGGGGGGGAUGAUUGGGACGACGAUGACAGCUGUGGCGGCCAUGGUGGCCGUGGUGAGAAAGGCAGCAAGGGUGGUUAUGGUCGAGGCGGCAGAGGAGGUCAUGGCGGCAAGGGCUGCAAGUGCCACGACAAGCGCCAGACUCAUAAUCAGGGAGAUGAAAAGGUCCAGGUGGAGCUUAAGAUUGACGGCGACGAGACCUUAGGAGUUGGUGUGCUUCCUCAGGGAAGCAUCACUGAGGUCGAGAUCUUCAUCAAGGUGCCGGAUACGGCCUAUACCAACGGCGGCGAGCACGAGUUCGCCAUCGCUCAGGCGUGGAAGGGCUCCGAGCUCGGCAGAGUCACUUGGCGCUUUGCUGCUGUUGAUUUGGACCCCUAA